AGAAGUUAAGUCCAGGCAGAGUGUUUGUUAGUGAGGGUUAGAGGGCUGCAGCUCACUGUUGGUACAAUGUGGUGCUGGUCUUAGCAGCAUGUGGACAGCAGCUCUUGUUUUGUCCCAUCUCUUGGCACUCUGGCAGCCGCUCCAGGCUCAGGAGGAUGUCACAGCCACUGCCAUCACUCCUCAGGACUGCAGUCUGGACUGUAUACGACAGGGGGGACUUGGAUGUGAAUACUGCAGAAUAACCAGAGCUGACAUCCAGAAGGCUCUGGGCUUUAAGUCCCUUGAGGCAUUUGGAGGUUGUGUUCCUCGGCCGUGUUUUGAGCUGCUUGGAGAAGAAAACCCUGAAAUCUGCCAGCACUACGUCCAUGCACCAAAUGAUGUGAAGGUUGACUUUGUACAAGGGCCAAACCCCAAAUCAGAUACUGCUGUUGUGUCCUGGCAGCCCAGUCUCUACGGGAUCGCCUUCCUUCGGGGCUUUCAGGUGUCAUUACAGGCUUUGGGAGGGUCGAGUGUGGUCUGUCAGCUCUUUCUCUUCCACCGUAACCUCUCCCUCCCGGCGUCACAUGCUCAAAGGGUCUACAAAUCCGACCCUUUCCCCGGUCUCUCCCUGGGCUCUCAGUAUGCAGUCACAGUUAUGGCUCUGCCUGUGCCCGAGCAAUGGAAGAGAUUCUACCACAGCAAGAUCUUCUCCACACGCUCGUGUGCAGAGAAGAAUGGUUUGGAGAAGUGCAAAAAAGAUUGGUACCCAAAACACAUCACGGUGGAGCAGGAAGGAACUGCUAUUACUGUGACAUUUAACCUAGCUCCACCAAACCUGGGCAUCAGCAGCUACUUCUCUCUGUGCUAUGCUAACGGCAUGAAGAAAUACAUGGAUAUUACACCUAAUUCCUCUAAAAAUAAAACUCACCACAGCUAUCAGCUGAAAGACCUGCAAGAAGGAACCAACUACACCUGUGAGAUUGCAGCUAACGAGGUGGAUGCGGUGAGGAAAACAUUCAAAGUUCAGGUCUUACACAUAGAAAAAGGAGGAACCUCGGCGCCCACCGUCUCUCCAUCCCUGGCGCUGAUGCUCCCACUCUGCCUGGCUGUGGCAGCCGUACUUGUAGUCUUCCUGGUUGCUUUUGCUGGAAGGAAGCCCAAACUGCACAUGAAGAGAUUAAACAUAAAACCAGAUAUCAUCAUGCAUGAUCAAGAGACUGGGCCUCAGGAGGAAGUGGUGGCAUUGACCAGAAGUAGGCAGACCCCUCCUCGUCUUCUGAUCUGCUAUAGUAGCAACGAUGGCUCCGCUCAUAUUGAAGCUGUCAUGCGGUUAGGGUCGUUUAUACAACAGCACAUGGCCACUAAGGUGUGCCUGGAUUUGUGGGACUCUUUGAGCGUAGCUAGGGAGGGCAGUAUGGCCUGGUACUGUCGACAGAUCCAGGAGAGCGACUUCAUAAUGGUGAUCUGUUCUCUGGGCCUGAAGCACAAACCUAAACCUCCAGAGCCUGAGGACGGCCAAGAUGAAGCAGAAAGACAGCUUUGGGAUUUUGAGUGUAACACCUUCAGCUCUGAUGCAGCCGUGCAGCUGAUCGGAGUGGAGGUGGGCCGAGCCAAAACCAGGGGUCAGGACCUUUCAAAAUACAUGUCAGUCAUUUUUGAGCACUGUGAGGAAACAGACGUCCCCACAGAGCUGAGGCUGGUGUCUCACUACACGCUUACAAGAGACCUGCAGCUGCUCUUCUCUCACCUUCACAAAGUGGCUCUACACAAGCCUGAGAGUUACCUGAAGAUAGACAACAUUUCAGAGGAGGGUUUUACUAAGUUGGCAGCUGGUGCAGCACUGCAGCAGGCUAUCCACAAGGCAGGGAUGGAAAUGAGGGCAAAAAGGCACCGCUCGGUAGAGGGAGGAAGAUAAACACUUAUGAAAGUGCACCCUUAUCUGACCUGUUAGAGGUCCUUGGUAAUGUAGCAAAAGGUUGGCCUAACAAUAGACAUUAACUAAAGGCACAAACUUGAUGACUACAAAUAUUGCCAUACAUGAAAGUUGUAACCUCACAGCUACAGGGUGACUUGUACACUUGCUAUUGCUGCUAAUGUUCUUUUAAGCCAUCAUCCACCUAACUGAGCUCUAAUGGCAGCAAAUGUGCACUCUGACCUCAGAAAUGUGUAAACAUGCAACAUGUGUUUGUGCAUGAAGGAUUUGAGAGGAAAUUUGUUCUAAAUUGUCCACUUAGCUAUCUUUUAAAUGCAUUUAAUGUUUGAUAUGUUGCGUUUUUAUGUCACUAAAUGCCUUGAGGACCUGAAACAUGUAUUUUAAGUAUUGUAAAUAAACUAGUAUUAUCAUACACAACUAAGGCUAUUAUUAAUCUACAACCCCAGUUCCAAAAAAGUUGGACACUGUAUAAAAUGUAAAUGAAUACAAACAGAAUGCAAUUUUUUAUGGAUCCAUGAACCCAUAUUUAA